AUGCUUCUGGCAAACUCCUUCAUUUCUGUUGAAGAUGAAAUGUUCAGUCCAACGCAAUUAGGUCGAGCUGCAAUUGCUUCGUCAUUACCUCCAGAAGCAUCUCUUGCAAUAUUUGAAGAUUUGAAUUCAGCGAGUCGAGCAAUUGCUUUGGAUACAGAACUUCAUAUGCUUUAUUUGGUCACUCCAAUCAACGUAACAGUUUGGCAAGAGUGUGAUUGGCACCACUUGUUCGCAUUAUUCUCGAAAUUACCAGCUGAUCAUCGAAGAAUUGCAAAAUUAGUUGGUGUCAGUGAAAAGUUCAUUCUUGAUCAGUUACAAGGAAGACGGAACAAUAAAAUGCUCCAAGUUCACAUUCGAUUCUUCUCAGCACUGGCACUAUUCGAUUUAAUCAAUGAAAUGAGUAUCUACCAGGUAUCUCACAAAUACCGAAUUCCACGUGGAUGUCUUCAAACUCUUCAAGCACAAAGUGCCACUUAUGCAGCAAUGAUUGUGGCGUUCUGUCUUCGUUUGGGAUGGACAUAUUUGAAAGCAUUGCUCGAUGGAUUUGCAAUGAGAUUGUUGUUCGGAAUCAGAUCAGAGCUCUCGGAACUUGUUACUAUUGAAGGAAUUGAUGGACAAAGAGCCCGAAUUCUUCAUGAGCGAGGUAUAACGUGUCUCUCUCAUCUUUCUGCAUGUGAAUCCUCAAAACUUGCUCACUUGCUAACGCUAGCGGUUCCAUACUCUAGGUAA